AUGGGCAGGGACACUAUUGCUGAGAUAAUAACUUCUAUACGAAAUGCUGAUAUGGAUCGAAAAAGGGUGGUUCGAAUAGCAUCUACUAAUAUUACCGAAAAUAUUGUUCAAAUACUUUUACGAGAGGGUUUUAUCGAAAACGUGAGAAAACAUCGAGAAAACAACAAAUAUUUUUUGGUUUUAACCCUGCGACAUAGAAGGAAUAGGAAAAGACCCUAUAGAAAUAUUUUAAAUUUAAAACGAAUCAGUCGACCUGGUCUACGAAUCUAUUCUAAUUAUCAACGAAUUCCGCGAAUUUUAGGUGGAAUGGGGAUUGUAAUUCUUUCUACUUCUCGAGGUAUAAUGACAGACCGAGAGGCGCGACUAGAAGGAAUAGGUGGAGAAAUUUUGUGUUAUAUCUGGUAA